CCCAGUCUGCCUGCCUGCCCCUCGUCGCGAACGCGAUCCUCAAGACACAUCAAAAGAUCGGCACCCGAAGAGUAAUUAAAAGAGACGACUCUCCCACGCUACAGAAGAAUCACUAGAAACUGCAAGAGAACGACCGCCGCCAUGUCCGUCCAAGACAUCACCUCCAAGGCCGAGUUCGACGCGCUCCUCAAGACCAGCCCCUACGUCGCCCUCCAGGCCACCGCCACCUGGUGCGGGCCCUGCAAGGCCAUCUCGCCCAUCUACAACAAGCUCGCCGAGUCCAACAAGGACGCCGCCGCCGCCAAGUUUGUCCGCUUCGACAUUGACGCCGAUUCAGACCUCACACAGGAGCUCGGCAUCCGCUCCGUGCCCGCCUUCUUCUUCUUCGAGAACGGCGAGAAGGUGGACAGCGUCGUCGGCGCGAACCCGCCCGCCCUGCAAAAGGCUGUUGGUGCGCUCGUCGAGAAGGCGAGCGCGUGAGGGGGCGUUGACUGUGGCACAUGGAUGGGGAGUAGAACAUGGAGAACAGGUCACUUUUUGCCAUGCAUGAGAAAUGAAAGAAAUGAAAGAAUAUCGGGGUUUCCCCUUC